GUUUGGUCGUCGUCGUGCCCCCUCCUGCGCGCGGCCGACGUCCGCCCCGCGCAGCUCCGCUCUGCGAGGCGUGCCCCGGCACGCCCCCCGCUGCCGAGGCGGAGCGCUCCCCUGGGCGCCGCGGGCCUGCCGAUUGCCUACGGGCCACCCAGCGGCGCGCACUGCGCCCCGCGGUGCGCGAGGCGCGCGAAGGAGGAGGACGACAAGGAGGAGGAGGAGGAGGAGGUUGCGGGAGAAGGAAGAGGACGAGGAAGGAAAACCGCUCUGGCCCAGACCGCGUCGCGCGGGGCGCGAUGCUGUCGGCGCCCCGGCGGGCGACCAAAUUACGUGACAUGCUCGGCGCAGCGCGCGGCCCACCACCAGUCGCGCAGCUCCAGCCGCGCACCCGCCAAGACGAAAGAGAAACGCCCCGCCCACGCGGCAUCUCGCCACGCGUCAGGCACGCCCCGCGCAGCGACGCAAGGGCUCUCGGCGAGCACGGCCCGCGCUGGAGAAGGCGAUUCGUCCCGCUGCCAGCUCAGCUAUUUGUCCUCGGCGAAAUGUUGGGGCUUCGAGUACAUGCAAAUACGUGUGCGUAUAGAGAUGGACACGUAUAUACACGUAUAUGCAUAUACACACAAACCUACGUAUAGCAAUAUCCUUGCCAACCGGCUCCACCAUGACAAGUGAUGAAAUAAUAGCCAGGUGCCUGUCCAGCAAGGAGAACAUGGCACUUGCUUCCCUCGAAGAGCUGGGCAUUUUCAUUGCUUUUUCUAUCCAAUAUGAUGUUCAAUACCUGAGCCGAGACGAUAGCAGGAUAGAUGGAUAGAAAGAAGAGAGGAGCGAUCUUCACACAGGCUUGACGGUCGGUACGGCCUCAGCCGCGUCUGUCUAAAACCCACGGUCCGAGGUCUGGCGACGGGCACUGCGCACAGAAGCGGUAGAAGCACGGUGUCCUCGGCCACUUCACGCCGCGGCGGCUGCUCACGGCGGCUGCCUCCGUUUGCGGUGCUGUCGGCUUCCUCAGCAUUGCCAGCCCUGCAAGUAUUGGAGAACACUCUGGGCCUCGAUCUGCUUCGCGGAGGUCGAGGAGGGCAAGCCACUCGACGGCCCAGGCAUUUUGAAGACUUUGUACACACCGACGUCAGCUGGACCAGCGCAUGCGACACCUGCAUAGACAGUGGACGCGUGCUUCGUGUCCUGAAUGUCGAAGACCGUCUUCCCCUCAGCCCGUACCUCUUCGCCCGGCCCAGAGCGACGCGUGCGGCGAGUGUCGCGACCUGUGCGGUGGCCAGGAACGCAGCCACUGGCACGACGGCGGCACAUCCAGCGCCUCGCGCGGCAGGGACGCGGCCUGCCUCUGAAGACCAGACCACCAGAGCUGCCAGCGCCCACAGCGCGCGCUAUGCCUCCAGGAGCCCCAAGAAGGACUGGCGCGGACACAGCAGAGGCUGCAGCCUGGAUGGGUCGCCGCGCCUCCAGCCAGCAUCACCACCGGCACUCCCCCCCCACCCGCACGGACCCGCCAGGCUCCCGAACCGCGCAAGCUCGUUCGCCGCGGGCUCUCGCCGAACACGGUACGCGUCCCGCGGCGCUCCCAGCAGUGGCGCCCGCAGCACCGCCGAGGCCCGCAUCGCCGCUCUGUUUCUCAAUGUUCAACAUUUCUGGCCGCGUCUGGCGUCGCAAUCGCGAGGAAGCUAGAAUUCAUCUGCCGAAGGAAAACCGCCGAAGCGCCUGAGACCACAUGUUCCUUGGCUGGUCGAUAAAACCUGCUCCACAACUGCUUGCGCGCGAGGCCCUCCAAAGUCCAAACCAAGAGUGAUCAAAUUCAAUGACACCAAAUACGCAAAGCCGCGUGCCAAAUAAAGGGAAGCCAAGCUUACCUCCAUCACAGAAGGCUGGAACUCUGGCUUAGGCCAGGUUAGAGGAACUAGCGGUGGUACGAUCUACUUCUCAUUACUGCCAAGCCGAGCUCGGUGGCACAGUGGACAUGCCAUGUAGCAUCGGAAGUGCAAGACGGCGCUUCGCAAACUCCAACUUCCACAACACAAUCAGUCGCCGAUCGCGACACGUACUCCAACGAGAAACUGUCGCCCAUAUGGACCCGCUGACGUCUGCUGCACACACAUCUGAACGAAAUUCGUCAACCCAACUGGCCAGAGCCGUGCUAAGAUCUCCAAAAACAGGUAACCAUAUUUCUAGCUCGCUCGCGCGGGGCUGCCCCUGGAGGUUCCUGGGCGAAAAAUACCCCAGGAAGGUCCCACCAAAGAUGCCCGA